CACAACUGCAUCAACCCCACUCUCUCUGUCUCUCUAUCUCUCUCUGAAAUGGUUUCCAAGACUAUCAAGAAAACCCCAACCAAAUGCAUCAAAGACUGCCGCACUCGCCGCCGGAAGAAGACGCCGGCUAAGAACAAUGCCGCCGCCUCCUCCGUCGUAAUUGCUUCUCUGAACAAAACGAUCUUGACCUGCCAACGCCGCCUCAUCAAGAUCUUCUCCAAACUCGCCCGAAUCAGCAAUACCCCAACUUCCAAAUGCCGGAAGCAAGGUUACCAGGUCCUCUCCAGAGGCGGCGGCGGUGGAGGAAACUGUCCCCGUAGGGCGCUCUUCGCCGGCAGCCGCCUCCCGCCACCGCGGUCGCCAGAGAAGAAGACGAUAUUCCUGGACCUCGACGAGACUCUGGUCCACUCCAAGGCGGACCCGCCGCCGGCGAAGUUCGACUUCGUGGUCCGGCCGACGAUCGACGGGGAGCCGGUGAACUUCUACGUGCUGAAGCGGCCGGGCGUGGACGAGCUGCUGGAGGCGAUCGCGGGGAAAUUCGAGAUCGUGGUGUUCACGGCGGGGUUGAAGGAGUACGCAUCGCUGGUGGUGGAUCGGCUGGAUCGGAGGGCUGUGAUUUCUCACAGGCUCUACAGGGAUUCGUGCAAGGAGAUGGACGGAAAGUUCGUGAAGGACUUGUCGCAAACGGGGAGGGAUUUGAAGCGCGUUGUGAUUGUGGACGACAAUCCGAACGCGUACGGGUUGCAGCCGGAGAACGCGAUUCCGGUGCAGCCAUUCGUCAACGAUCUCCGGGACCGGGAGCUCGCAAGAUUGAUCAAAUUUUUCGAGGGCUUGGACGGAUUUGAGGACAUGAGGGAGGCGGUGAAGCAGUAUCUCUGGGAUGGAGGUCGUCGGAGGGUCCAGGGUGCGGAAUGAUGAUGCAUGAUCUAAAUCUUCAAUAUUGGUUUCUUGGCUUGGAAACUAUUCGUAUCAAAAGAGAUUGGAACUUUGGGAAGAUAAUACAGCAGGAUUAACUUCUCUCAAUCACUCACCGUACCAUUGAUGAUGCUGAUGUUGUUUUGCUUUUCCUUCUUCACAAUUUUUUUUUUCGGUUUUGUUCUUGUGAUGGGAGGAAGCUGAAAUGUAUGUAACAAAAUGUUACAUCCGGAGAGCAGUGACAGUCUGUUUCUACAAGGUAUAUUCACCUCUUUUAUCCC